AUGAUUCCGAUUUCAUCUCACCCGAUUAGUCCUCGCUUAAAUUAUUUAAAAGGGAAUUUUAAAACAGUUCUAACUUAUAUUUAUCUAAGUAAACUGAAAGUAUCAAAUGAAGAAAUAGAAAAUUAUUUUGAGGAAACAACAGCGGAACCUUGGAAAAUUGAUAAAAAACUAAAAGAGAAAAAAGAAAAAUUUCCCGGAGAUUCCGAAACGAAAAUUUUAGAAAAUUUUUUUUCUAUACUCCAAAAAGAAACUGAUAAUAUUUUUGAAGACGAAGAAUUAAGAAAAUCCGGAGAAGAAAAUUUUCAUCUAAACUCGGAAAAUAUAGAGUUAAAGAGCGAAAUUGAAAAGUUUAAAGCCGAAAGAGAUAAAAAAGAAACGGAUAUUAUAAAAAAAUACCGGCAAGAAAAUAAAUUAUUAAAAGUCCAAGAAGUUGAAUUCGGAAAGGAGAAAGAAGAAACCUUACAUUCAGAAGUAGAAAUCGAAAAAGCGGAAAACAAAAAACUAAGAGAGCAAAUCGCACUCCUAAAUGAAUAUAUUGGUGAACUGGGAGCCGAAGUGGAAGAUUAUUUGAACCUUCAAUCGCGACUUACCAGUGCGGAAAAUAUUUUGUCCGAAGCCGAAAAAAAACGAAGAACAAGAAGCAAUUCUCUUGAUUUAGCCUAUUCUCCGAUUAGUCCGAUAAAUUCCCAAGCAGGUCCAACAGCCGAAUGGGAAAAAUCCAGAGACGAAAAAGAACUGAUAGUUUUACCAGAAAAAGUCCGAAAUCAACUCAUUCCAAAGAAUGAAGCGAAGAUUCGAAUGAUUCAAAUUGAACAAUUAGUCGAUGAAAAAAAUCACGAUUUACUUCCUUUACUCCGCUCUGUUUUGAUUAAUUGGGCGGCUCAUAUCAAUAGCCUUUUGUCCGAACUACCAGAAGAUGUUGAAGAACACCGAGAGUUAGUCAGUGAAAAUGCGAGAUUAUGGGAGGAAAUUAGGACGCGAGGUAUAAAUUCCGGUUCUACUACUCCGAAUAAUGAAACCGAAACUUCAACCGACCGAGGAGAAAAAUUGCCUUCGCCUGAGCCAAAAUUAAAAUCACAUUCAGAAACCGCUCGGGAGGAAAUCGGCGAAGCCUUAAACGAAAUUGAACUUCCGAAAGAUUUAGAACUUUUAAUAAAAUCGACUGAAAUCGCUUCGGAGGAGGAAUUAAGCAAUAGCGAAGAUGAGGAAUUUUUUUCAUUUUUGUCGGAUGAGCAAAAAGAAAUUAUAGAAAACACAAAAGAACUCGCUAAAACCCUUACUGUUGAUAGCGAAAAAGCCAAAACGGAAGCGGUGGUUGGUUCUGUCCUUCCCCGCUCUCCGCACCAAGUUUCGGUAGAAAGUUUGGCUUCCAGCAUGAACCAAAUUUUUGCUGAGAGGGAACGAAUUUUCAAUCUCGCUAUCGGAAAUGAAGAAGCCAAGAUGGAUAGUGGUGAAAUUAAGGAUAGUUUUGCUACUCUAAGAGAGAAUACUAAUGAGGAGUAUAAAGAUGUUGAGGAACAAAUUAAAGAAAAAAAUUCCAAAAAAGCCAAAAUAGAAAAGGAGAUUGAGGAAAUAAUAGUGAAAAUUGAAGAACAAACAAAAUUGGUUGCAGAGCUUAACAAAAAUAUAGAGGAUAGUGUUCUGACCUCCGAAAAAGAAAAUUCCGAAGUCGAAUUAGAGAAAUUAGACGAGGAAAAAAAUAAGGCAAUUGAGAACCUAAACUGA